AUGAAGCUCUCUCUCGGUCUUGUGUCCUCGCUGUUGCUUUCGGGCGCGUCAAUCGCAUCGGCUGCGGCGUGGAGCAUUGAAGAUGCCACCGUUGCGAUUGCCAGCAAAGGCGCGGGCGUCGGCGGAGCUGCCAAGAACAAGCUCAGCGCGACAUCGCCCCUCUCCAAGACAGUCUCGCUGGGCGCCACCGACGUGCUCAAGAUCGACCUCACCACCGUCGAUGGCGGGACGGCGAAGCGACCGCACCAGGCCUUUCUGACCCUGACGGACCCGGCCAGCGGACUCGAGGAGUCGUUUGUGCUCAGCGUCAAGGACAGCGGCAAGGCCAAGGUCUCUCUGACACAAAAGGCCCUACCGCACCAAUUCCUCACGGCCUCGAAGCCAAUCUCCGCCUCGAUCGUCAUCGGAGCAUUCGGCUCUUCCACGCCCUACAGGCAGAAGGUCUUCGAUCUCACCGUGACCCGCGACGCCAGCGCACCGCUCGCCGUCCCCGAGGCGCCGCUCCGCUACGCGCCCGAGGCCGAGAUCCACCACGUGUUCCGCGAGGACCCCAAGUCGCCGCCCAAGGUCAUCACGCUCGUCUUCGCCGCUGCCGUUGCGGCUGCCUUGCCCGUGCUGCUCGGUCUGUGGGCGACCCUCGGUGCCAACGUCGGCCACGCCAGCAAGGCUCUUGGCGCGGCCCCGGUCUCGCACGCCCUGUUCUACGGAUCCAUCGUCGCCAUGGAGGGCGUCUUCUUCCUGUACUACACGAGCUGGAACCUCUUCCAGACCCUGCCUGCCGCGGGCCUCGUCGGCGUCGUCGCCUUCUUGAGCGGCAGCCGCGCCCUGUCUGAGGUUCAGGGGCGUCGUCUGGCCGGCCUGAGAUGA